CGCCAAGAAAAUGAAGUUUACCGAAACCGUGUGGCGAUUUUGUUCCUAUAUUGGGUAGCUUUACCAUUUCAACUUCCUUCUUAAAGCCUUCUUCACCAAGAAACAUCAUGAAUUUGGCAACUUAUCUGAAUCUUUUCUUUCUUACGAUCCCAAUUGAUGAGGAUUCACAACACAUUGUAUAAUCCAAAUUACUUCUAGUUCAAGGGAAUAGUUUCAAAUUCAAAGCUUCCAAUACCCAAGUGUUCUUUCUAAAUUCCAAGGUUCUUCUUCUUGAUUCUUUUGGGCCGAAUUUAUUUAUUUUUUUUCUGGGUUUUUGUUCAAGAAUGUGCUUGUGUUGAUUUGGGCUAUUAAUUGUUUCUUUGUAUCUAUAAUUACCCUUUUGUGUUUGUGCAUAUUUAUUCUUUCAUUUGCAUAAAUUCUUGGGUUUUGAAUUUAAUUCUCAAUUCCGAUAUCUUGACUUUGAGUUUUGUUAAAUAUCUUGGAUUUUUCCCCUUUUCCUAAUUGGACUGCAGACCCAGUUAACUUUUGUCCCAAGGUUGUACGUUCUUUAUCAAUGGGAUCAACUGAUGGCUAUACAGUGGGGUUUCAACAUUCACCCCAAAUCAAAACCCUUAAACUGUUUGAUGAAAGUCCAUAUAAUUCAAAAACUGAAAAUCCGGGUUCUCGGGCUAAUCUUGAAGAUCAGUGUGAGCAAGUUUCUUUAGCUUCUAAAUGUGAAAGCGGGAUUUCUGGUAUCGAUAAUGGGCAAGAUACUCAUAUGUUCAAGAAUGGCUUAAUCAGAGUUCAUGAAGAGGAUAAGAUGUAUGGGAUAAUCAAGAAUAAGUCUGUUUCUAGUUUGAGUAGUUGUGGAUUGCACACUGAAGUUGAGGCCAUACAUAAGAAAGAUUAUUCCGGUGUAAUGUGCCAAGCGAAGUUACAGUCCUUUUGUACAUACGCACGAGCAAUGGAGCAAAAUUUCAGGGGCGGCGCCAAUAUGAAAUACGCUUGGUAUGGUGCUUCCAAGAAUGAGCUCAACAACAUUCUUUUACACGGUUUUGGCCAUUCCAUGAAUAUUGGAGUAUAUGGUGGUGGGAUUUGUCUUUCUCCGGCUGAUUACCCUAUUGGAAGUUUUCAAUCCUCUGUUGCUGAUGAAGAUGGAUUAAGGCAUUUGUUAGUUUGUCAUGUUCUAUUGGGAAGGACAGAGAUUGUUCAACCAAAUUCAGGACAGUCUAAUCCAAGUUCCGAGAAAUUUGAUUCUGGGGUCGACAAUUUAGCGUGUCCUAAAAAGUAUGUUGUUUGGAGCACUCGUGUGAAUACUCAUAUCUUGCCAGAAUACAUUGUUAGUUUCAGAUCUUCAUCUGGUUUGGAAGGUUAUCAAAGAAUUUCUCAUCCUCUGAGAAGACCAAGUUCGAAUUUCAUUCCAUUUCCAGCUCUCAUAAAAGCGCUUUCGAAGUUCUUACCUCCCGAUGCUGUCAAAACGAUGGCUAAACAUUAUGGUGAUCAUAAAGAGAAGAAGAUGACGCGACUCAAAUUGAUCCAACGAUUGAGAAAUAUAGCAGGGGACAAGUUGUUGUUUGUAGUCAUAAAGUCUUACAUGGACAAGAUGAAAGCACCGCAAAUUGGCUUCUCACGUAACUGUAACAAUCGAGGGGUGAGCUCGGGCUUGCAGGAAUGGAUGGCGUCUUAGCGAUAGGCAUAACAUAGCAGAUACAUUGACAAGGAUACGACUAACAUUCAUAGACGUGCUUGAUCAUUCUUUUAGACAGUAGACAUAUCACAUAAGUGGUACUUUGUUGCAACUUUUUCCUUCCAGAUUUUUUAGUUGUAGUUGUAGUUGAUCAGGACAAACCUGUUUUCAUUCUUUGAAACACGACGACUAACAAUCAAAUACUAUUGGUGCUAUCCAAUCUUGUAAUGUUGGAUUCAUUUUGAGGUCUUUAAUGAAAAAGCAUAUUCAGUUGUAGCGUCAAA